GUCUUGAAUAUGGUCGAACCGUGGCUUCUUAGUGGUCCACACAUUCACCCUAUUCACAUUGGUUGAUCCAUCCCCUUCUUAUGAAGCAAAUCACGUGCCUGUAACCAUGCUCUGAAGGGCACCGUUCGUUCGUUCAUCAAACCAGCGAUGGAUGUUGCAACACAGGUCCGCUCGAGCUUGCAGAGCCAAGGGCUACCAGCCCCAACGGCAGCAUGGGUGAGGAGUGUGUUGCCCAAUCGCAGCCCCAUGCCGCCCCUGCCUGCCCUCACCGCAACCGUCAAGGCCCGGCUCAUGGCCGCAGACAUCACCAAUGCCGGAAUCCUGGACGCAUCAGCAAGCUCCUUCCUGCCCAACAUAACCAACCAGGAAGUCAAGGAGACAAAGCUGUCGAUGGACACUCUGGUCCAGGUCCUGGACAUCGACAACCUGACCAAGAGCAAGUGGGAGCAGGUCGAGGAGCUCGAGGCCAUUGCGCGUGGCGAGCAGACUCGGGGGCGCGAAAUCAUACGCCUCCCCACCGCCGGCGAGGAAGACGAAGAGGGCAAUGUGAGCAGUGCGUCGACCCAGGCCGUCUCGGCAGGCUCAAACUCGAGGAGUGGACCAGCUGGGUCGGGUACCACCACGCCAAAGAACUCCACCCACCGGCUCGUUCUGCAGGACUGCAAGGGCCGGAAAGUCUACUGUCUCGAGCUGAAACGCAUCGACAGGAUUGGGGUGGGGACCAUGAAUAUCGGGGAGAAAAUCCUCCUCAAGAAAGGGACGGUAGUUGCCAGGGGCACUGUGCUGCUGGAUCCGGCCAUGUGCACGAUAUUGGGUGGGAAGGUCGAGGCGUGGCAGAAGGCUUGGCUUGAUGGGCGCUUGGCACGGUUGCGCGAAGCCGUUGGUGCAGAUGCGCGCGGCUAAGAUCGCAAGAGCUUUAAACCAUUCACAGCUGAUGUCUGUACUUAUAUAAAGCAUACUGUUGUUUCUACCGUGGUGCCUCGCGGAUUAGCAAGAAUUGGUUUUGACUGUCAUGGUGUCCGCACAAUGGUAGACGCAUAUUGCUGUUCUUAGGGUGCCUAAUGACUGGGAGAAGACGUAUUUUCCUUUUCAUCAUACUUAGGCCUCAUCACAUAUAUCUAAUAAACCAGUGAAAUCA